ACGGUCUUUUUGGGACGGACCUACUUCGAGCGUGGCAGCUAUUCGGUCGGUGUGCCCGUCGUUUCUCCCUUCCGCCUUCCGGGACGCCUAGUGGUUCCCGACACUACGCGUCAUGACGCUCUUCCACUUCGGCAACUGCUUCGCCCUGGCUUACUCGCCGUACUUCAUCGCCUACAAGUGCACCGGCUUAUCGGAGUACAAUGCUUUCUGGAGGUGUGUCCAAGCUGGCGCCACCUACCUGUUUGUCCAGCUGUGUAAGAUGCUGUUCCUCGCCACGUUCUUCCCCACCUGGGAUGCCUCAGUCGGUGUCUAUGACUUUGUGGGGGAGUUCAUGAAGUCAACAGUUGACCUGGCCGAUCUAGUGGGUCUGCACCUGGUGAUGUCCAAGAACGCAGGCAAGGGCGAGUACAAAAUCAUGGUAGCUGCGAUGGGCUGGUCUACCGCUGAGCUGGUUAUGUCCAGGUGCAUCCCUCUCUGGGUUGGAGCCAGAGGCAUUGAGUUUGACUGGAGGUACAUUCAGAUGAGUUUGGACUCCAACAUCAGCUUGGUUCACUAUGUGGCAAUGGCAGGCCUGGUGUGGAUGUUCUCCAGAUAUGACUUACCAAAGCACUACCGCCUGCCCAUCGCCAUUCUACUGGGGCUCAGUGUCUACAAACUCUUCCUCAUGGAGUCUGUCAUUCACAUCUUCGUGCUGGGCAGCUGGAUGGCGCUGCUGGUGAAAGCAGCCGUCACUGGCGCCGUCUCCCUCAGCGCACUUCUGCUCUACGUCAGUCUCGUACAUGGCAACUGACCUUGAUGGGUGGGCGCAGGGCAGGGCAGGGCCACUGUCUCCCGCCCCCACGUUCUCUCGCUGCCUCCCCUUCCCCAGAUCUCUCCCCAUUCCUGAUCCUCCCCCUCCCUCCCUCUUGGAUUCUAGAUUUGCCACCCAUCUAACCGAUCACUGAGUCCCUCCAUUCUCCCGACCCCUGGGGAAGGUAUCCAACCCCCUGUCCCAGCCCACCACCC